AUGGGGCCAAAAAUGAUGGUGUCACUUAUUUUACUCUUAGUAGGAUCAAUUUCUGCUGAUCCAUUUGAGUUUAGGUCAAAUUUUGAAUUCCUGGAUUACAGUACAAAUUUAGAUGAUCCAAAAUACAGACUUUUGGAUACAGUUCAACCCACGGUAGUGUAUGUUGAUCUUGACGUCUAUUUAAGAGAAUCCAGAUUUAAUGGUUUAGUACAAAUCACAGUCGACGUACGACAAAAUCUUAGUCAAAUUGUCUUGCACCAAAACGUAGUGGAAAUACAAGGAGUGAAUGUAUUUGACGCUAAUUCUCAACCUGUAUCACUACAAGUGAACAACCCCUUUGAAAUCGACUCUUAUUACGAAAUUUUGACGAUCAACUUCGAUGGUAUCCUCGCUGUUGGUACAUACACAAUCAGUAUCACUUACUUGGGUGUUAUUAACGAAAACCCUAUUGACCGUGGUUUUUACAAAGGCUACUACUAUUUUGGGAAUGAGAAGAGGCAAUAUGCAACUACACAAUUCCAACCUUACCACGCGAGAAAAGCUUUCCCCUGUUUUGAUGAGCCGCAGUUCAAAUCAAGAUUUAUUAUAUCCAUAACACGAGACAGUGACCUCAGCCCGUCAUUUUCUAAUAUGGCUAUCUCAGAGACCACCGUGAUUUCCGCUAACCGUACACGGGAGACAUUCCUGCCUACUCCAUUAGUGUCAGCAUAUCUUGUAGCUUUCCACGUCAGCGACUUCGUUGCCACAAACAGUACUUCUACAGCUAGCAAGCCCUUCCAAAUUAUCUCUAGACAGGGACCCACAGACCAGCAUGAAUAUGCAGCCGAAAUUGGUUUGAAAAUAACAAAUGAAUUGGACACAUAUUUGGAUAUUGCAUAUUAUGACAUGGGUCAAGGUCAGCCGAUGAAGAAUGAUCAUAUCGCACUUCCUGAUUUCCCAUCAGGGGCUAUGGAAAACUGGGGAAUGGUGAAUUACAGGGAGGCCUAUUUGUUAUACGAUCCUAACCACACUAACCUGAUUAAUAAAAUCUUCAUUGCCACUAUAAUGGCACAUGAACUUGCCCACAAGUGGUUCGGUAAUUUGGUUACUUGCUUUUGGUGGAGCAAUUUGUGGCUUAACGAAUCAUUUGCCAGUUUCUUUGAGUACUUUGGCGCUCAUUUUGCUGAUCCGUCUCUUGAGUUGGAUGAGCAGUUUGUAGUUGACUACGUACACAGCGCAUUGGCGUGGGAUGCUAGUGCUUCUGCAACUCCCAUGAAUUGGACUGCUGUCGCCGACAACCCAUCCGUGUCCUCUCAUUUCAGUACUACCAGUUAUGCUAAAGGAGCAUCGGUGUUAAAAAUGCUCGAGCACUUCGUUGGAUUUGAAACAUUUAGGAAUGCUUUGAGAAUUUAUUUGAAAAACAAUUCAUAUGAUAUAGGGUAUCCCGAAGAUAUGUACGCCGCAUUUAGAACAGCUGUAUCUCAAGAUUCAACAUUUGCGAGUGAUUUUCCUAAUAUCGAUAUAGGGCAAGUAUUCGACAGUUGGGUGCAAACUCCAGGAUCUCCGGUGGUUAAUGUUUACGUGAAUAUGACUAGCGGUGAAAUUGUAUUAACUCAGCAACGCUUCCAGCUAACUGGCACACCACCAUCUUCUUUGUGGCAUAUACCAAUUUCCUGGACGCACAGCGGUAAUAUUAGUUUCGAAAACACAAGGCCUAGUUUAGUACUGUCUGAAGAAUCAGUAGUUAUACAUAAGGACCCUGGCCAUCAUUGGGUUAUGUUAAAUAUUGGUCAAUCUGGCUUGUACCGCGUCAACUACGAUGACCACAACUGGGAAAUGAUUGCAAGUUAUCUUCGCACUAAUAGAAACGACGUUCACAAACUAAACAGAGCCCAAAUAGUUAAUGAUGUUUUGUUCUUCAUUCGUGCCGGCACUAUCAGCAUAAGUCGCGCCUUUGAUGUCCUUUCAUUCUUGAAAGAUGAAACUGAUUAUUUCGUCUGGGCUGGCGCACUCGGACAGUUGGACUGGAUUAGAAGCAGAAUGGAACAUUUGCCUGGCGCUUAUGAGGAAUUUAAUACAUACUUAUUGGACUUGAUGGAAGCUGCCAUCCAACAUGUUGGAUACAAUGAGGGUUCUAAUGACACUACAUCUACCAUCUUAAACAGAAUGCAAAUUUUGAAUUACGCCUGCAAUUUGGGUCACGAGGGCUGUAAAACUGACAGCCUUGAAAAAUGGCAGGCGUUUAGAACCAACGAAAGCAAUUUGGUGCCUGUGAACGCCCGGCGCUAUGUCUAUUGCACUGGCCUUCGCGAAGGUGAUGCCGCCGACUAUGACUUCCUGUUCGAAAAGUAUAAUACGUCUGAGAACACUGCUGACAUGGUGGUGAUGCUGCGUGCCCUCGCGUGCACGAAAGAUCAAGCGUCUUUGGAACAUUACAUGUUCCAGACCAUGUAUAAUGACAAAAUCAGGAUUCACGACCGCACAAAUGCAUUCCAGUUUGCUCUACUUGGAAACAGGGAAAAUCUACCUUAUGUUUUGAACUUCUUAUACAAUAAUUUCCAGGCUAUCAGUAGCAGCUAUGGUGGUCCAUCACGAUUAACAAUUGCAAUAAAUGCUUUGGCUACGUUCUUAAGAGAUUUUGAGCAGAUAUCAGAGUUCCAAACCUGGUUGUACAACAACCAAAUUGCGCUUGGUGACUCGUUCUCUGCUGGCGUAAAUGUCAUCUCUUCAAGUAUUGCGAAUUUGCAGUGGGGCAACAACGUAGCGGUGGAGUUAGUUACUGCUGUCAGAAGUGCAAACAAUUCUGCCAGCUCAAUCGCUGUGUCUAUUGUAACGGUGUUAGCGGCUUUGACUGUCAACUUAUUACAGUAA